ACUAACGCGUGCUGUGUUGCGGUUCCACUAAGGAUUGCACUUGCACUUCUGUACAAAAAUGGAAAGUACUGGGAACUGCUAUCGUACUAUGUUAUUAUGACUACAUGAAACGAAUACCGUUUCUGGAUACUUCCAUGAAAAUGACGUUGACCGUGAGAUUUUUCACCUCCUGUCGAAGACUUAGUCGUUGUAAAUCGGUAGCUGUUGCUAUUUCCAUCUCCUUGUUGUUUCUCUACUGUGAGGUUAUUACUUACUAUGUAGUUAUACGACAAUGCACUUGGCCAGAAAUCGGUGUUGACAUUGAGGGUGGUGCAGUUGACCCUACUGAUGAAAUGCAGCCCUUGAGAAUGAUGCUCCUUUCUGACACACAUCUAUUAGGACCAAAGACAGGACAUUGGUUCGAUAAGCUUCGUAGGGAAUGGCAGAUGUAUUGUGCCUUCCAAACUGCCAUGUGGAUUCAUAAACCAGAUGCUGUUGCUUUCCUUGGUGACAUUUUUGAUGAGGGUCAUUUUAGUGACGACCUGGAAUUCAAGAGAUAUAUGGAUCGUUUCUAUGAUUUGUUUUAUGUACCGAAGGGUACAUAUGUUCUGGUUGCUGUAGGAAAUCAUGAUGUAGGAUUUCAUUAUAGGAUGCUCAGGCAUUUCACAGACCGUUUUGAAUCCGGAUUCAACACAUCAUCUGUUCAGAUGACAGUGCUGAAAGGCAAUAUUUUUGUCACAAUAAAUAGCAUGGCAAUGCAUGGAGAUGGAUGCAGUCUAUGUGAGGAGGCUGAAUAUAGGCUGGACCACCUUAGGACAGUGCUACAGUGCUCCCAGGACCAGGGAAGAAUGGCCCACCAGUGCACAAAUAUGGGGAAUCUUCCUGCCUACAGUCGGCCUAUUCUACUGCAGCAUUUCCCGCUUUAUAGGGCCUCGGACGAUGCCUGCACUGAACCGGAUGCUGCUCCUCUGUCUCUGAAGCGUGAGAAAUUCAGAGAGAAAUGGGAGUGCCUGUCCAAGCUUGCUACUAGAAAGUUGCUGCAGAAGGUCAAGCCUCGUGUUGUCUUCAGUGGACAUACGCACCACGGAUGCCUCAUAACACACAAAGGUGAUAUCCCUGAAUGGACUUUGCCUUCGUUCAGCUGGCGCAACAAAAAUAACCCUAGUUUCGCGUUGGCGAGCUUCACACCCACAAACUUUUCUGUCCGUAAGUGCUACAUGCCGCAGGAGUCCACAGUAAUUACCACAUAUGUGCAGGGCACAGCAGUCUGCUUGGUGGGAUGGUGGGCAUUAAGUCGGUACCUCGACCGUUACAGGUCACGAUAGUAAUUUUUUGUGAUGUUCCCCUUCAGUUGAAUUGUACAUUCGCAAAAUAUUUUACUUCCGCUUUUGCACCGUUCUCCCACCAGGCGGCGCCAAACAUGUUCACCGGGCGCGAAACCUUUCUUCAUUCCCGGGCUUCCGGCAUAUGAACUAUUAGUUUGAUUUCGAAAAUUCCACCGUGCUCGUGCUGAGAAGGGGCCAGUCGACUUCUUAGCACAUUGUCAUGUAUCUUUGACAAAAAUUACUGGGAGAGAACGACGCCAGAAACAAAGCCCAGUGCGACAAAGUUCAACAUACUUUUAUUAUAGCAACGCGGCACCUGUGCACAAUUAUUUUUUUAUUUGGUCCACAUCACAUAGACGUUUAAAAGUAGUUUUUCUGAAAAAAAUCACAAAGUUGCGGUUUUUUGGUAAAACGGGGAGGUUCGGAUUAAAAAAUAACAAACUGCUGGUCCUAGGAUGUCCAUCUUGAACUAAAACGUAGCACAAUGACUAUAUCUUUCAACCUUAAAAUAUCUCGAGGGCAUUUUUUUGUUAUUGCCACGUAACGAUUUUUUUAAAUCCGGUACCAGCAGCUUGCAGCCCCGACAGAGUCCGCAUAGCCUUGAGCCAACUUUUCCACACAACACUCUGCUUUCGCAGCAUUUUCGGUGUGGUUGUGAAGCACUGCUGGUUUAAAGGUCACUGCAUGCAAUUAUCCUGCAAUUCUCUGGCAGAAGUGACACAACCAGAUUGGCAACAUGUCCCUGAGCUUGGGCGAAGGACAAAAGAGAAGCACCAAAACAGGCAGCACAACGCAGGGCUGAAACCUGCAAUGAAAGUUUUAGUAUAACAGGUACAAGUAUAUAACAUGAAGAGACCAGAUAGGGGAAAGGGAAUGCCGCUUUGCCGUCGCUGAAGAAGCGAAUAUGACGCCUGAUAUCUGAUUCAUUCUGAGUAAAAGUGAAACAAAGCAGAGAGGAGACCGUUGUGGCCGACAAAGAUGCCUUCCAUUCUUGUUAUCCACAACUGAAAGGUUUAAGUAAGCAAGCAGGGGAAAGAAAGAAUCGAGAAAGUCGAAUAGUCUAUGUGGGGGUGAUUAGAUUAUAAAGGCAAGGGGCGUUAACCAUGGACGGAUUACUAAUGCAGCCUGGAAUGUGAGUGAUAAAAGCUGUUUCCAAGAGUGUGCGAGAAGUAUCGUCUUUGCAGUGCAAUAGAGUUGUUGCGAAGCGUAGAACGUCACCAGUUGUAGGAUAGAGAAUUUGGAGUCACAGAAGAAAUACAACUUCUUUACAC